AUGCCUGCCUGGGGGGCCCUGUUGCUGCUCUGGGCUGCCGCACAAGCUACCAACGACUGCCCCACCGAGUGCACCUGCCGGGCCCUGGAAACCAUGGGGCUGUGGGUGGACUGUCAGGGACAGGGGCUCACGGCCCUGCCCGCGCUGCCGGUCCACACCCGUCACCUCCUGCUGGCUAAUAACAACCUGAGCUCUGUGCCCCCCGGCGCCUUCGACCACCUGCCCCAGCUGCAGAUCCUCGACGUGACACAGAACCCCUGGCACUGUGACUGCAGCCUCACCUACCUGCGUCUCUGGCUGGAGGACCACACGCCUGAGGCCUUGCUGCAUGUCCGCUGUGCCAGCCCCGAGCUUGCCACUGCCCGCCCGCUGGGCCAGCUCACGGGCUUUGAGCUGGGGAGCUGCGGCUGGCAGCUCCCAGAGUCCUGGAGCUACCCAGAGCUCUGGUGGGAUGUGCUGCUGAUUGUUGUGGCCAUGCUGGGCCUGGCUCUCCUGGCCGGCCUCCUGUGCACUGCUACAGAGAUCUUUGACUGAGGCCAGGUCCCCAGGGUCACCCUGAGCCCCUCCGCAGACCCCACCAGGCCUGGGCAUCAGGGCCACCAGU